AUGGAGAACAUACUCUCAUCGCUGAAUAGCCUCACUGAGACAUGGCUGACCCUCGGCUCGGCUUCCUGUCACAUAGGCCUCACUUGCUCCUUCCUGAGUGGACUGGGGCUGCUGCUUCUGUACCUCGGCUACCUAACCCUGAAAGUGGGUUUACAGUCGCUGUGGAAGAAGAAGCACACCCCACAGCCACAGGGCAGGAUCGAGCGCAAAAGGAGAAAACUGCUUAAAGGUGGGGAGACUGACCAGAGAGGCCCCAAGGACAGGAGGAGGUUGCAGACAAGCCUGCAAAGUCCGGACAAGUCACACGAUGCCACUGGCCUUCAGCAACUACUAUGUCCAGAUCCCCUCUGCAGUGUAUGUAACAAAGCAAAUGCUCAGGUCAGUUGCCUGCUUUCUCAGGCUCCCCUGGAAGACAGAGUGGCCUUGGUGUCCCAUUCGCCUUCUACAGCUUCUGCGACAGAGACCUCACUCACCCUGUCCUCUCACCUCCCAGAAUAUGGUCCAGGACGUCCAGUUCCGGAAGCUCUACCCCAGCCGUCACCACCUUGCCUCUCCAUCCUCUCACCUAGCCACGUCACUCCUUCUCCCAUACCUCCCAAUGCCUCUCCACCACCAACAGCCAUUGCUCCCUUCACCCAUAUCCCAGGCAGACCACUCACCACUUUUCCACCUCCGCUUCCACAUGCCACUCAGGAAGCACAAUUAGUCCUCCAAGCAGGAGUUCCCAAUGCUCUGGGGGAGAGCCCAAGGGAGCUGUCUCCCGUCCCAACAGCCAAAGGCACUGUCUGUAAAACACAGGAUGUGCCCACAUCCGCCCAGCCAUGGUCCAGUGCUGAAGAGCAGCAGCCCCUGACUAAGUUGGUAUACUCUAUCGACCAGCAGCCCCUAGACUCCUAUGCUUCUCAGGGCUCAUCCCAGAGACUGACAAGGACCCACGCUGUACAGCUCAGAGACCGUUCCUCUCCCAACCCUGAUGUCUUGGCACUCUUCAAGAGGCAAGAGAAAAGGGAGACUGAUUUCACUGCAUCUGAACAUAAAAAAGAGAAAACAGAAUUGUUUUCAAUGGCACUAAAUACUUCGGGGAAAAUCUCAGCAUCAACGGCUGAUCCAAAGAACUCGGAAGUCUCCCGCCUUUUGGGUAAUGAAAAAGGCAAGCCAGGGGACCCUCACCUAUACCACGAGUCCUCUCUUCCCAAGAACUCUGAAGACCAAUCAGAGAUCAAGGGCAUCCAGUGCUUUUGGGGCCUCCCUUCUCUUCACAGUGAGUCCCUGAGACCGGAGGCUGCUGUUUCAGGUAACAGUUAUUCAGAAAGAGCCUCUUUCAACAGAAUGGCUAAGGCAGCCACAGGCGAUGAGUCUCCCACCCUUCCUCACCCCACACCUUUGCCCUUGCCUGCGAGUGACCAUCAGGUCUGGCUGCAAACCUUACCUCAAUCUCAGACCAAGCCUGACCCUCCUGCCAAGUCUGAGGCCCAGACUCAACCCUUAAUCCAAGCCCUGGCACCUUCUCCUCGAUCCCAGCUUAGGAUCUGUGGGGUACGUUUUCAUAAACCCCAGGAGGAGGUGCAGCUUCUUGGCCCAUCUGAGAUUCAGCAGCUGGAAUACAACCUAUUACAGAAAGCACUGGAAAGUUUCUUGGGCUUACCCACUCUAAGCCAAAGAUCCCAAGAAAGCUUCUGUCACCCACCUCCGAAAAUCUCCUCAACCAGAAAGUCAUCCAAGGUCCAUGGUCCCAGGCUAAUCCUUCCUGGAGACUUCCCCCUCACCACAGACCUCCAGAGGAAACUAGAGCACCACCUCCGAAAGAGACUCAUCCAGCACCUGUGGGGCCUGCCACAGAGGAUCCGAGACUCCUUGUCCCUCAUUAGUCCUCAUGUACAGGCUCCGGAGGCCCCUGAGGCAGAGCACAGCCGUGGGCUUUCCUGGAUCUCUCUCUAUAAGCUCAAUGCCAGCAGAAACCCAUCAAGCUCCGGGCUAAGCCCAUCAGAAAGCUUCCUUAGAAACCCCUCAGUGAUCUACCCUCUAAGGGCGAAAGGGGUCAAAGUUCAGGGGCACUGUCCAAGAGCAGACCCUGAUCAUCUCCAGAGUAACUCCAGCGGAGCUACAGAAAGCGAAGGCCACUCUGAUUCCACGACAGACUCAAAGUGUCAGCCACGAGAAAUGUCCGGAAAAAAGUCAAAGGCUUCGUGGGCCAAGCAGUGCAAGAAAGAACGGGAAAUUUCGAUGCAAGAGCACAUGGACAGAACUAAAGAAAUGAGUGUGGGUCAGCUCCUGGGCGCUGUGGAGAAACCACAGUAUUCUACCAACGUGGCCCAGCCUCCGCCCGAGACGACCCCCAAGCAAAUGAAAGGUGAGGAAGGCCGACUAAAAAACCACCAGCACGGUUUGUCACUUAGUCCUAGCAAAAAAAAGACGUUGGAAGAACACAUUAAAGCCUUUGGCAGGAGGAUGACAUUUGGUCUUCCACAAAGAGUCGAGGAAUCCUUAGAGUCCUACAUGACAAAAGUAGAACCAUCCCGUCCUUUCUUUCAGUCGCACGUUCCCUCACACACCAUGGCUGGACUGGAUUCUGACCAGUCCUCCAGAUUCCUCCCAAGAAACACCAGGGGAGACAGACUGGGGACAGAGAGUUUUAUCCCCAUCCAAGAGGUGCCUCUCCCUGCUACCUUGCCUGUGGGCCAGACACAGCCAGCCUCUGAGAACAAGAAGGUUAGCCUAGCUCCGAGUGGCAGAGAGCCGAUCCAGCCCUGGACACCUGCUCUGGUAGAGAAAGGCAGCCUGCAUCAGUCUAGACCAAGCAACAGGCAUGGGCCAGAGCAGCCCAGGAGCCCUGGUGUGCCAACAGAUGGGAGACUGGCUUUCAGCACCAACAUACAGGAGCCUCGGGAAGAAAGGAAGAGCUGGGAAGAUGGUCCCAUGGCGGAGGGGUCCACACAGCUACUCAAGGGAGAGGCAGUCCCCGGUCUUCACCCACAGUCCACUAAGAUCUUGACAGCCACCCAAGGCACCUGCUCCCCAGGGAGCCAUGUGGCUGCAUGUCAGUCUCUGCAGGAAAUGUCAGCUCCUCACAACUCUGAGACAUCUGACAGUAAAGGAGGCAUGUUGAACUCAGAGAAGUGGCUGCACAUUAAAGCACCAGGUCUGCCUGCCUUGCUCUUUGCCUCAGAAGAAAUGACUUCCAAGACCCAGGGCCCCUCCAUUGGGGACAACAUGACUGCUUCUCAGGUGCUGCCUGUGCACCUGCCCACUGUGGGGGUCAGCAUGGAGCCACCGCAGGGUUCCUGGGUCCCUGCAUAUGUCUCAGGCACCUGCCAGAAUGAGGAAUGUUCCCUAGCUGCAAGGGGAGUGUCCCCACUGGCAACUGAAGGAGAAAAGCUUGGUGGAGGCGAUGCAGUAAGCUUAGGGGCACCCCAAACCAGAGAGGAGAGCCACUCUGUGCAGGCCAGGGCAGCAGAGGAAACACAGGGACACACCUGCUCCCCAGCACUGUCCCCUAAGAGGCUGCCUCCAGAAAACCAACUCACCAGCCAGGUGAAGUGCUUCUUCCUGCAGAGGCUGUCCCCUGGGAGAAAACACAAAGAGAUGGAAAGGUCCCUGGCCAAGGGCAGCUCCCCACUAAUGUCUGUGAAGGGCACAGGCCUCCUCAAAGGGAGAAUUGAAUUUCAUGGGAACACUGAAGCUCAGAAAGGUGUGAGAGACCCCGGGGUGGUCCUCAGGAAACAGCUGGGGCACAGGCAUGGCACAGUCAUCCCUGUGUCUCCCCUCAUGGGGUCUAAAGAAGCUCAGCAGGAGGCACAGCUGCAGGCUCAGGCAGAGCCUGUGCUGAGGCUGCCCCACUCCUGCUGCCAAGCUUCCUGCUCUCAAGUGCAAAGGGCUGAGUCCUGCAGCCCAGGACAAGGGCAGGCAGCCCCUGAGAGGUGUGGCAUGGCAGGAGAAGCCACGAUGGUGGACACCUGCCCCAUGCAUGCUCCGCAGGGAACCCGAGUCCCACCAAAGUCCUAUCUGUAG